AUGAAUAGCCCUUUUACUAGUCAAAACUUGAGCAAUUUAUACUCUAAUGCGUUAUAUCUUCACUCCAUAGGAAAGUCUAAAGAGGCUUGCGCUGCUUUGCAAAACGCUGCAAAUUUUUUCUUCAAUAACCAGAUUAAAAGUAUCCCAGACAAGGCUUUAAAGAAAGGACUUAUAUCGGAACUCAAUACGAUCAUUGUAACUCUGGAACAACAAAAGAUUGUUCUGGAGGUCCCUCAGCAGCUUGAAUACAUAUCGUCCAAGAUAGGGUCCAACUUAUUUUAUCCAUGGAGAGGCCCACCACUUUUGCUAGAUUUACCAGAUGAACAAUAUGAAGACCCAGAUGGCCCUUUAGCACUUUCGGAUUCCCAAAUGAAAAUCUUCAAUUCAUGGGAACAACCCAACCAUGUUUUAAAUGCACAGCCUGUAAUGGAGGCUUCUGGGGGUGAUGACCUAUGUCAGGAUUACUUGGAUGAUUGCUCGAUUGUUGCAUCGUUACUGUCAAUUCACGCGCUAGAAACAAGGUUAUCUCGGAAAGUUUUACUAAAUAACAUUUUCCCACAGGAUGAGACCGGUAUGCCUGUUCUAUCAAAAUCUGGCAUCUACUGCGUCAAGUUAUUCAUCAACGGCUGUGAACGCAUGGUCACAAUUGACCAUAAACUCCCCGCAACAAACGACUCUAAGCAUACCUUAUUUGUUCGUUCUCUUUCAAAUCCUGGGCUCUUGUGGCCGGCGAUCUUGGAAAAAGCUUAUCUUAAAAUUAUGGGUGGCUAUAAUUUUCUUGGCUCAUAUUCCGCAAGCGACACGUAUGCUCUGACUUCUUGGAUUCCCGAAUAUAUUUAUCUCGACGGCUAUUUCCAAGACUCUUUAACUUCAUCUCGCCUUUCUCUUUGGAAUAGGAUAUAUAAACAUUUUCAUGAUGGAAACCUCAUGGUCUGUGUUGGUACCGGGCCAAUGUCUUCAAAAGAAGCACUUUCCUUAGGACUGAUCAGUGACCACGACUACGCUAUUUUAGGUUUGAGCGAAAUUAAGUCAGAUACAAAUGACAUUAAAAGAUUUGCUUUAAUCAAAAACCCUUGGAUCAAUGAAACUGGUCAUACCACCCCUAUUCAAUUAGGUACUCAGGAUGCUCCUGAAACUCGAAAAGGCAGCUUUUGGGUAUCUUUUGAAUCUUUAUGCUUAAGGUUUAGCUCAUUAUAUCUCAAUUGGAACCCAGAUCUUUUCCCGCACAAGCCUAAAGUCAAUUUUUUGUGGAGUAUUUCGUCAAUCAACACGUUUAUGGAAACUCAAGUUAUGGCUGGAAAUCCCCAGUUUAAAAUAUCCAACUUGGCACCCUCAGAUAACCUCACUUGGUUUUUAGUCAAUCAACAUCUUGUUGAAUCUGGUAGCAUCACUGGGUACUUGGGUAUUUCGGUUUUUGAUUCGGGAGGUAAAAGAGUGUAUUGCGCUAGUGAAGCUCCACUCAUAAAACAAGGACCUUACCUAAACACUUUCCAAUAUCUCCUAAAGCUCGAGAUGCCUCCUAAAACAACAUACACACUUGUUGUAACAGCAUCGAAAAAGGAGUCCAAAUAUACGUCACUAAACUUUACUCUACACUCAUACUCUAUAUUUCCAAUUGUUCUUGAGAAAGCCAAGGAAGAAUUAGUAUUUAAAUCUUCUCUUCAAGGAGAAUGGACCCCUGAUCUAUCGGGAGGAUCAUGGUUGUACCAAACCUAUUUGGAUAACCCCAGAUACUCCUUAAAAGUUCAUGAAAAAGCUGAUGUUUUAAAGUUGUUGUUAUACUCUCCCGUGAAAUAUCCAAUGAAUAUCCGAAUGUUUUUAGAAGCUGAUUCACUUUCUCGAGAUUUAAAGCGGAAGAGAGAAAUCAUUAGCAGCGGAGAGUACAAGGUAUCUCAAACUACUGCAAAUACUGUUUAUGUGGAGCCUGGAGAAUACACUAUUGUAGUCUCAUUGUUUGAGCCUAAAGUAACUGGACCCUUUACACUGGUUUGUCGAUCUUCGGCUUCUUUUGACCUAACGCCAUUGCCUUCCAUUAAUGCAGGGGCUUUCAACAGAAAUCGCAUUAUUCCAUGGAAUAACUCAGCACGUGUGGAAAUCCCAUUCACAGUUAGUAUUAAAACUACUGCUUAUUUUUGUGUCAUUGCUUUACCAGAUGGGCCUGAAGACGAAAACUCACAAGCACCUGAAACCAUGUCUUUUUACCGCCCGCAUAUGCGGUUUAGCAUAUUUAACAAAAGUUUGGGUCAGCUUCUUAAAACCAACGACGAGUUUACUGAUAAUAGACUUGGGAUUUAUCUUAGUGCAAUCCCUCUUUCUUCCGGCAUCGAUAAUCCAAAAAUGUCUCGUGCAAACAACAAACAAUCUCUUGCUGAUUUGGUAUCUCAGCUAUCCAUAUUCAGCAAAAAAGAUGAAUACGACGGUAUUGUCAAUACUGCCAAAAAGAUAUUGAUUCAAAAACCAUCCGACAAGCAGGCUCUUCAGGCUCUUAUUACGGCUUACGUGGAUCACGACAAGUAUGAUAACCUUUACGAACUUCUCUCAAAUGACCCUCAAAAAAACGAUUACCUUUUGUAUUAUGGGUAUAGUCUUUACAAGCUUGAUUUGCAUGAUGAGCUUGUAGAUCUCUUAGGGGAUAGUCAGCAACGUGGCGCAAUGCAUUUAUUGGCACAAUCCUACUAUAAGCAAGGUCUUUUCACCGAAGCACGGGCUAUUUACAAGAAGUUUGUCAACACACCAGACCAAGUCGAUCAUGAAACUUUUGAUCUUUCUGUCAAUGAGCGUGCUAUUAUUUCUCAACUUAAAUUUGUUGGAUUGUCGUCUGAACCGCCCCUUUUCCCAGCUACCUCCCCAGAAUCAUAUGAUCAAUUGUUUAAUGAUGCUCUGAUUUCAAUCGCUUCUCAAGAUUAUACCCAAGCUCUUGAGCUUUUAACUAGAGCAAAGGCUAUUUGUCAAACUACCCCAGGAUUUUCUCCUGAAGCACUGGCUGCUGAAAUCACUCCCAUUCUUAUUCAGGCCAGCUAUGUUAAUAUCAAGUUGUCUCAAUAUGAACAGGCUGCCAGCAUUUUGGAUAGUAUUGACUAUGAAAACUUUAAAGACAACACAUCUUUGUAUCUCAUCAAUACCCUCCGGCUUGUUAUUGAUGGUGGAAAGAAAUAUAAGAACCCUCACUCGGCUUUGUCCCUUUUGGAUUUUGGAAUACCUUACCCGGAGUUCACAUCACAUCUUGUUCCUCUUCAGAAACGGAUUUUAACAAACAACAAGUUUUUACUAGAGCUUGCUGGUGGAAAAUCUCGUAAAAAUUUACUCAAUAGACGUAACUUUACUGUCGACAAAUCGAUUGAAGCGUACUCAUUUUAUAAGGACGUUAAAGACUUACCCAGAGCUGAACAAAUUAAGAGACUGAAAAAGACUCGGCAUUCAAACAACUCAAACCCUGCGCUUUGUUUUACCAUUGCACAGAUUUAUGUUUUCGAAAAAGAAUAUAGCCUUGCUGCAGCUACUAUUUCUGAAUUCAUUUCUUAUCUUGAACAGUUUUACAAUUUUAGAGAAGCCUAUACUCCUGCUGUUUUGUCAUCAUUUAUCAGUCUUUGCAGUCUUGCUGGUAAGACAGGUGGCCAUCUGGUUACAGUACUUGAAUCAGCCAUUAAAUACUGGUCUAAAGAGCCAGAGGCUCUUAAAAACCCUGCUUUCCAAAGUUUAUUUGCCGAUGCUGCGAUUGUACUUUCCGGUACUGGUAAGGAAGCAUUGGUCAAGGAAAAGCUUGAAGAAAUUUACAAGAAAGAUCCUUCAAAUAAUACGGUAGUUGCUGGACUUUUUGGUCUUUCUGAUGAAAAUAUUUCCACUCAACUUGCAUCUGAGUCCGCUAAGCUAGUAUCUAUUGCAGAUGCUACCGCUGGAAUCAAUGUUGACAGUCUUUCUCUUUCUGGGUUAGAGCCUCUUAUUAAGAAACGAUCUGCACCGGAAAGCGGAAAAUCAGCUUUUUCUGAGCCCAAGAGAAAGAACAAGAAGCCUAGACUUCCUAAGGAUUAUGAUGCUGAUAAGACGCCCGAUCCUGAGAGAUGGAUCCCUCUUCGUGACAGAAGCACAUACAAGCCCCCUAAGAACAAGGGCAAGAAGAAGGUUUUGGCUUCUACUCAGGGUGGCCAGGCUGAUGAGUCUCUUGCCGUUACCUCUGGUACCAGCACUCAAUCCUCUUCUGGUACCGUGGCUACAUCUAAAUCUAAGCCAAAGAACGCUAAGAAGUCUAAAAAGAAAGGAAGAAAGUAA